UGUUAAUAAUUCAUUCAUUUGUGUGAUAUUGUGAUAAAAGACACACUAAGCAAAGAAUGAAUCAGGGCUCUUGCUGCAGUAAAAGUAAAUAGUUUACAGGUCAGCUGCUUCAACAGGUUGAUGUAGUUCAGAGCUCACCAACAUCACUGUUUAUUGGUGUGCAUUCAUGUGUCAGUCACAAGGUUAGAAACAAAGUUCACCUAAUGUUCUCUCAGCCCGUCACAAACAUUCAGGAUGCUGAAAACAACAGACAUGCUUCUUCUCCUCAUCUGUCUUGUCGGGACAUCGGAUUCCCUGUACAAACAGUGGAUUCCUGACACCAACUAUGAGAACAAGACCAACUGGGACAAAGAAUCUGUUCCAUGUGGCAACGACAUAGUUCAGUUUCCAGUCCAGAGAAAAGUGUCCGUGUUUGUGGAGACCACACAUGCUGUGCAGGAGAUGAGGCUGCCAGUGGAUGGAGAGUUCAUCCUGAAUUCCGGAGCUGGAUUUUAUGUUGUGAGUGGACAGGAUCCGGGCUGCGGAGCGGGUGUUACGACAAAGUUCAAAGAUUCUGAGUCUCUUCAAUGGUUAAACCCAGCUCUGUGGCAGGGGUCUGCAACCCUGGAUGACCUGCAGCGUGGAAACUUCUUGUUCUCAGUCCACGAGGAGAGUGUCCCUUGCCAGUACGACGAUGUGGUUUUUAAAGCCAGCUCUUCAUUCAGGGUGGACACCAGCACCAGUCAAUCUUCUAUUCCUGUCAAAUCUGUGUCUGUGCUGGGGAAGAAGUAUGAAAGCACCUCUGAGUUCACCCAAUAUCUCAGCUCACGUUCAGGCCGGCUGCAGUUUCACGGGUCCUCUGCUGUCACUGUUGGGAACCAAGAGUGUGGAGAUCCUUCUGGCUGCGCCUGUGGGAAUUCUGUAAACCAUAAGCGUAUCUGUAGCACUGUUCAAUGUGCCUCUCUGGGCUGUAAGAAGCCUCUCCUCCCUGUCGGACACUGCUGUGAAGUUUGUGGUGCCAUUGUCACAAUCCAUUUUGCCACUGGUUUCAACCUGCAAACUUACAGGCAACGCAUCCAUCACCUAUUUCUAGUUUUGCCAAAAUACAAAUCCAUUCAGCUGGGCAUGUCUAAAAUCUUCAAGUCACAGCAGUUGAUGGGGAUCAUCCCUUUUGGUACCUCACCUGAGAUCCAGGUGGUUAUUGUGGAUGAAGAGAAGGGAAUACAGUCAGAGGGUCUGGCCAGGGACAUAUUGAAGGAUGCACGCUCUAAUGGCUCAAGCCUGGGUAUCACUGAGGCUGAAUUUCAAGCCUCCUCCGGGAACAGCAGCGAUCAGACUGGAGGCAGUGCUGGGAUGGUGGUUGGAACUGUGUUUGGAGUUUUGAUUGGGAUUUCAAUCAUAAUCACUUUGGUCUUUCUGAUUCGUAGAGGGGUUAUCCAAAUGCCAUCAUCGCUGCCUUCGCUGCCAUCGCUGCCAUCCCUGCCAUCUCUGAGCAGCUUUAGGAGAAGCAGAGAUGUGGAAGACCUCAAUGGGCCUAUUGAUCACGGUUACGACAAUCCAAUUUUUGACAAGCCAAACUUGAUGCCUGAAGCUCCUGGACUGUAUGCGACUGAAACAAAAAAUUCAAUCUCCAUGACUCAGUCAGGUGUGCACUUUGUAAAUCCGGUUUAUGAUGAUAAUGAAACUGAUUUUAAUGCCUGAAGGUGAAC